CAUCACUAUUAGCAUUGUUUGUUAUUAAGCAAAGUAAGAGAGAUAUGAGGAUCAAUAUUUUAAGCAAAUAAAAUCAUGUCACAGUCAUUACUCAUUACAUUACUUGUGUUAGCUGGAUUGGAUCACUAUACAGAACAGAACAGAACAGAAGAGAGAGACGCGCGACGGACCAUUUCCCAAGGAGAGAAUCAUCACCCAAAAAAGAAGAAGAAAUGAGCAGUCUUAGUGCAACCCCAAGCAUCUCAAUGAAAGCAAGGCUGCUGUUCAGCCUCCAUUCCUUGGGCUUCGACCUUGCUCGGUUCCUCCGCCGCCGCGAAUCCGGCAUUAACCGCACCAUCAUGAAGCUCUUCGACCUUAAGUCCCCUCCUUGUUCAUCCCAAAUUAAUGGAGCUGCCUCUUCCUUGGACGUCAUGGUGGAUCCCUCUCGAAACCUCUGGCUUCGCCUCUACAGGCCUUGGACGUCUGCUGCCACCCCGCUGCCGGUGAUCAUAUACUUCCACGGCGGCGGGUUUUGCACGAUGGGCGCCGACUCAAGAUUCUACGACAUCUUCUGCCGCUCGCUCGCCUCUGAAACCCCUGCCGUCGUCGUCUCCGUCAACUACCGGCUCGCCCCCGAGCACCGCUGUCCCAGCCAGUACGAGGACGGGUUCGACGCCGUCAAGUUCCUCGACGCCGUCAUCAACUUGGACGGCGUGGACCUGGGCCGAUGUUUCUUGGCCGGGGAUAGCGCGGGAGGGAACCUAGCCCACCACGUGGCGGUCCGAGCUGCCGAAUCGGAGGCGGCGCUGAAGCGCGUGAAGAUCACGGGCUUGAUCUCGAUCCAGCCGUUUUUCGGCGGAGAGGAGAGGACGGAGUCGGAGAUGAGGAUGGUGGGAGUCCCCGUCAUCAACAUGGAAGCGACGGACUGGGCCUGGAGGUCGUUUCUGCCGGAGGGGUCGGACCGGAACCACCCGGCGGCCAAUGUGUUGCGGUUGGAUGUGUCCAAGGUCGUGGGUUUCCCGGCGGCGACGAUGGUGGUGGUCGGAGGGUUCGAUCCGCUGCAGGAUCGGCAGAGGAGCUACCACGAGUGGCUGGUGGAAUCGGGGAAGGAGGGAGUUGAGCUGUUGGAGUAUCCGAAUGCUGUUCAUGCGUUUUAUUUGAUGCCUGACUUGCCUGAGACACCCAUGUUGCUCGCAGAUAUCAGGGAUUUCAUCCAACGCCACGCUGCCCGCCCAUUCAAUUGAUCCACUUUUAAUUAAUUAAUUAAUUUGCUUCAUAUCAUGCUUAAUUACAGAAGCCCUGCCUCUUGGAGAGGAGGGGCGGGUGAGGGUUUGGAGAAAAAAUUCCCGACCGAUUAAGGGUGACCAUUUAGUUGCAAUAACAAUUUCUUUCCAUCUUUAUGGUAUAGUAAUAAAUUGUUGUUUUUUUUUUUAAAUUCAGUUCAUUUCUUUUGUAGCUCUACAACAGAGAAAUUUCUUGUCUUUUGUUUAAACAAAGCUGAAAGUGAAGAAGUACCCAUUGAAGUUCACUUGUUUGUUUCACAAAAUCAAUUCCAAGAUACUUC